CCAGAAUCCCCACGUCUCGCGCUGCCGCUUUGGCGCCUUUACCCCCUCUCCAUACCUCAUAAAUUUGCGGUCGCCUUCUGCGCCGCUGAGAACGCGUCAUAAUACGGAAGAGUGAGCUCUAGUUCAGUACAAGUUCGCCAGCUCUUUCCUGAAGCAGAGGAGAGGAGGAAAAGAUAGUGUCUUGCUGUGUACACUCAGGUCAACAGAGGCGGCUGGAGAUGGCGGGCGGCCGGCAGGACUUCCGGCGGCCCACACCCAAGUUCGUCGCCGCGUUGUCGAGGACGAGCUCCGCGUUCCUCUUCUUCUCCGUCGUCGUCGUGGGGUUGGUCUCGUCUGCUCGUUGGAUCACCAGGUUCACGUUGCAGGCGAGCCCCCCAGCCACGGCGGCCAUUCCCGCCGCCGUCGCCGCCACUACCCGCGCCGGAGUACCAGCGGCGCCGCCGCAUCCCACCUACUCCAUCUCCUGCUCCACGCCGCCGCGCCCCCCGCUUAACCUCUCCGGUGGUGGCGGCGCCAGAACGCCCCAAACCUCCCAAACCCUCGCGCUCGCGCUCUCCUCCUCCUCGUCCUCCUGUCGCUCCUCCCCUGACCCCGCCACCGCCUCCGCCUCCGUCUCCGCCUCCAAUUCCUCCUCGUGCCCCUCCUACUUUCGCUUCAUCCACGAGGACCUCCGCCCAUGGCGCGACGCUGGGGGAAUCACCCGCGCCAUGCUGGCGCGCGCUCGCGUCACCGCCAGCUUCCGCCUCCUCGUGCUGGGCGGCCGCGCCUUCGUGCAUCGGUUCCGCCCGGCAUUCCAGACCCGCGAUCUCUUCACCAUCUGGGGCGUCCUCCAGCUGCUCCGCCGCUACCCCGGGCGGGUCCCCGACCUCGACCUCAUGUUCGACUGCGCCGACUGGCCCGUCGUCCGCACGCACCUCUACCGCGGGAAGCACGCUGCCUUCAUGCCUCCACUGUUCAGCUACUGCGGGGAUGACAGGACUCUGGAUAUCGUCUUCCCGGACUGGUCAUUUUGGGGCUGGCCAGAGAUCAACAUAAAGCCGUGGGAUGCCCUGCGGCAAGACCUGAAGGAUGGCAAUAAUAGGGUGAAAUGGUUGGAUAGAGUACCUUAUGCAUACUGGAAAGGAAAUCCAGCAGUUGCUGUGACACGGCAGGAAUUGGUUAACUGUAAUGUCUCUACUACAAAAGAUUGGAAUGCAAGGAUCUACAAACAGGAUUGGUUCAGAGAGAGCAAGGCAGGGUACAAGGACUCAAAUUUGGGUAGUCAAUGCACGCACAGGUACAAGAUCUAUAUAGAAGGGUCAGCAUGGUCAGUCAGUCAGAAAUAUAUUCUAGCAUGUGAUUCAAUGACACUGCUGGUUACACCAAGAUACUAUGAUUUCUUUUCGAGGUCACUUAUGCCGAUUCAGCAUUAUUGGCCUGUUCAUAAUGACAAUAAAUGUGACUCCAUAAAAUAUGCAGUUGACUGGGGCAACUCUCACAAGCAAUUGGGAUAUAUCACAUGUUUCUGCUUGAUAAAAUAUGGCCCCAUACUCUAAAUCUGUCAUAGGCACAGCGCAUAGGAAAACAAGCCAGUGAUUUCAUCGAAGAAGAUGUUAAUAUGGACCGUGUUUAUGAUUACAUGCUUCACCUUCUAACUGAAUAUGCCAAGCUCCUAAGGUUCAGGCCAAUUAAACCACCUGAAGCUGUUGAGAUCUGUCCUGAUUCUUUGGCCUGCCAAGCUGAAGGCCUUGAGAAGAAGUUUCUUAUGGAAUCCAUGGUGAAGUCUGCCCGUGAUGCAGGUCCGUGUGAUCUGCCACCUCCUUUCAACCCUCAAGAGCUCGCAAUGAUUAAGCGAAGGAAGGACAAUUCGAUCAAGCAGAUUCAAACAUGGGAGAGAAUAUCUGGGAGGGCUUAGUUGCUUAGAGAUGAUCUUUAAGCCUCUGCCUUCCCCCCCUCCCACCCCACCACAAAUACAGGCAUACAUAAUUGGAUUUUCUAGGAGUUCUGGUCUAUUUUGGUUUCAUCGUGGUUCUAACAAACACCAAGCAUUGGUUGACCUAUUCAAAUGUCCAAACAUUUAGAGAAUUUGAAAUACGGUGUUACUCAUUUCAUAUUAUUUUUCUUCUUUUUGCUAGAUUUAGUGUUUGCUUUGUAAAGCCAUUGUAACAGACAGAUAUAAUAAUCUGAACUGUUCAGAAGAUAUUCUUAACGCAUAUCAUGCCACCUUUAUGUUAAAA